AUGAGGAGGGGUCUGGCCGUGGAGCCUGCUGCUGUCCGUGAGUACUGCCACAUCAAGAACGUGAACUACAUGCAAUGUGGGUUUGUAAUCCACCCUGACGCCCUUUGGCUGGGGUCUUCAUCUGACGGGCUGGUCUACGACCCCAUUGAGAGCCCACCAUUUGGCCGACUGGAUCAAGUGACCAAACUGCAAGAGUUAUGUUUACUGCCUCUACCUGACGCUCCAGUGUGGCAAUCUGGAGCUAAAGCCACAGCACUUCUACUACUGGCAGGGACAGAACCCCACAUCACUACCACAUCUUCACACAGCAUCAGUCUUUCUGACCUGCAAGGUGGUAGUCAGUACUCUGUCACUGUCUGCACUGUGCUGGAAAAUGGAAAGGAAAGUAAACUGGUGUCAACAACCCUCACCACAAAAACCUGUCUCAUGGAGCUGUUGUCAAAGACUGGACUAGAAGAUCAUUAUGAAAACAAACUGACGUUAAGGACUGUCCUUGAGAUAAAUGCUACUACUACAUCAGAUGAACCUCUUAACACUAUGAAGUCACUUCCAGGGGCCUUCCUUAAGAAAUUAAUGAUGGUAAAUGUGAAUGUUAGGAGUGUCAAAUGUAUGUCCACUGUCCAGGAAGUCAUUAAUCCACUGGACCUGAUUACUGCCCUGUUUCUGUGUUCAGAUAGUUUCUUGCAGCAGGAUAUUGCCCUGAAAAUGUCCAUGUGUCAGUUUGCUGUUCCUCUCCUGCUGCCAAACUGUGACACAGAACAAAGCACGUUGAUGCUGUGGGCCUUGAGGGACAUAGUGAAAAAGUUUAGAUCCUCUUCCCAAACGGCCACAAAGUCCUUCAUAGAGGAGAGAAUAGUUCUCUCUGAUAUCCCAAUGGUGUCCUUUGUUAGGCUUGGAGUGAGCAGCUUGUCCAAGUCUAAUAUGUUGAACAAACUGCUAAGUAAUCCUGACACAUUUGUCCAUCAUGAUAUGGAAUUUGGCGAUGUCCCUCGCAGAAUCUCAGAUGGUCUGGUUGAAAUCAGCUGGUACUUUCCAUGUGGGAACAGAAACAUAGACAUGUUCACUAAGCCUGUGGCUUUUGCUAAUCUCAGAGGAGACAUCAGGUCCUUUAAGACACAGUUUUCCUUUCUGUGUCAAACAUCAGCAGCAAUUUACAUGUUUAGUGAUGAAUUAGAGGCAGGUUCUGAGGUUCUGAAAGACAUAAACACAGAGUUAUUUCUGGUUGUUAACUCUCAGAGAAAAACAUUCACAGGAGACAAAGUAACACAUGUAAUAGAAAAGAAGGGACGGAAUGAAGCAGCAUUUGUCAAAACCCUGCAGUCAUCUGUGGGUGACAUCAUUGAAAUAUGGCAAAACCAAUUGACAAUUGAAAAAAUGUCUGGUAUUGCUCGUCAGAGUGGGAUUUUGGUUGAUGAAGACCGUAAAGAGUGUCAGAGUGCCAGGAAGAUGGCAGAUAAAAUCACCAGCAACAUAAAAGACACAGUACAAUUCAAAGACAAGCAACUACCCUUACAAGGGCAAGCCUGGAAAGAGCUUUCCCAGUUGGAGAAGGAGAGAUGUAGACUGAGAAAUGCAGGCAAACAAGAAAUUGAACACUACAAGAGCUCUCUGAAGAAAAGGAAAAUAGAACUGAGAGAGAAGCAACAAAGCUUUCAUAUGACAGAUGCAAUGACACAUUUCAUAAUCGGCAUGUCAAGUUCAGAAGUGGAGCGACUCUAUUUCCUCAAAUGGAUGCGGAUAUAUUUGGACAAUCUGUCACGGCAGAAUCUGUCUGGUUUACGAGAAAAGUAUAAAAUGCUUCAGGGAAAAGAAUCUGCAGAUAAAAAAGACAUUGCAGAUUUGGAUAGGCAAAUAUCUGACUGUUCCCUGGGACUUGAACACUUUCUUCGUGAGUUGGGCCAGCUGUAUGAAGCCUCCUGCUCCCUCCCUGAAGACAGCCCUAAAAGGAGACAGAUGGAGCAUCUCCCUGGAUUGUGUGCUCAGAUGCUGUUGGAUGGUUUCCCCAUUGAGCUUGUGGAUGGAGAUGCAUCAAAUAUCCCUCUGAAAUGGAUAUCAGCUGUACUGACUCAGCUUCAUACUCUUGUGGACUCUAACAGCAAGAUCCUGGUUGUCUCAGUUUUAGGGGUCCAAGGCACUGGGAAGUCCACUCUCCUCAACACCAUGUUUGGGGUCCAGUUUGCUGUCAGCAGUGGAAGAUGCACCAGAGGGGCUUUCAUGCUACUGAUUAAAGUCAACAAAGAACUCAAGGAGGAGCUGAAAUAUGACUUCAUCAUGAUCAUUGACACAGAGGGGUUGAAAUCACCAGAGCUGGCUCAACUAGAUGAUAGCUAUGAACAUGACAAUGAACUGGCCACACUGGUGAUAGGACUCAGUGAUGUUACGAUUAUCAAUAUUGCCAUGGAGAAUGCCACAGAGAUGAAAGACAUUUUACAGAUUGUUGUUCAUGCUUUUAUCAGGAUGAAGGAAGUGGGGAAGAAGCCAGUAUAUCAUUUCCUGCACCAGAAUGUGUCAGACAUGUCUGCUCAUGACAACAACAUGAGGGACAGGAAGAAGUUGUUGGAACAGUUGAAUGAAAUGACCCAGGCAGCAGCCAGAAUGGAGAAGAAGGAGAAUAUCACCAAGUUCACUGAUGUGAUGGAGUAUGAUCCAGACACAAGCAACUGCUACAUCCCAGGACUCUGGCAUGGGACUCCCCCUAUGGCUCCAGUCAAUGCAGGCUACAGUGAAGCUGUGUAUGAUUUCAAAAAGAGCUUGAUGCAAGAUUUAAGACAAUGUCAGAGUAAUGAUGACAUGACACAUUUCCUGAAGUGGAUACAAAGCUUGUGGGAGUCUGUGAAAUAUGAGAAAUUCAUCUUCAGUUUCAGAAACAGCUUGGUUGCAGAUGCAUUCCAGAUUAUGCUCGAGUACAAUGGUUGGGAAUGGGCCUUCCAGAGGGAGAUGUAUACAUGGAUGGUGGGUGCUGAAACUAAAAUGUCAAAUUUCUGCAUAACAGAUCAAAAUGACCAAAUGAGCAUAAGAGAUGUGCUGACGAACCAGAUGACGGAAGCAUCAAAGAAGCUGGCAUUAGAAGAAAAAGAAAUUCAACACAAUCUUGUGAAAUACUUUGAAAAGCAAGAUGGCCAUGUCAAUCUGGUGGAAAAUUACAGGGAAGGCUUUGUGGCCAGUGCCAAAACACUGAGACGAGAGACAGAAAACACAGUUAGUAAAACUCUACAUGAUGCUGUUGAGAUCAAAGAGGGAAUGGCCAAACUGGAUGAAAUCAAGAGUUCACAGUGUCAGGACUUUGUAACCCAGAAGGUGGAAAACAAAACAGAUUACUAUGAUACUUACAUCAAAGAGCUGCUGAACAAGAUUGAUGAAACAUUGCAACAACACGAGAAUGUUAAAGUCAGUGAGGAAUGUGAUGUUUCUCUGAAGCUACACAUCUGUGGCAGAGCAGCCAGAGAGUUCCAGAAGAUGCAUGAUGAUUUCAUUGAAGUCAAUGACCCAAGGAAGUGUCUAGAGCUGUCCAAGUACAUCUACCAAGCUGACUUCAUACUUUUGUUCCAUGACCGAGACCAGUGCCAAAAGAAAGCUGAGGAUUUCACAAAGCUGUGUAUACAGCCAGCUGUAAAGGAAUAUGUGACCAAAUUUCUUGGUCCUGAUGUGGUUGAUUACAUGAAGACCGGUAAAGGGUCAGAGGAUUACAGCACACGGACGGCCUUCCAGUUCUCCAUUUUGAAACAACUCCUGACAGAUGGAAAAUAUGAGAAAUAUAAAGGGUACAUACGCAAUUAUGAAAGCUUUGUGAAGGACUGGCUGUUUGACCAGAUUGUCCAACAACUCUCAAAGGAAAGCAGACGAGAGAAAUUGGAGAAGAAACAUCUUCGAGAGAUAGUCAAGAUAAUCACUGAAGCAAUUUCAAACCUCAGAUAUACAACUCACACUGUAACUGACAUGAAGACGUUCAUUCAGAACAUAUGCCGUGCCCUUAGAGAGAAGCUUGUCUUUCCAAAGGAUGCUCUGAAUUCCAUCAUGACACUGAACUACUCUGCUAACACAGCACAGUUUGCUGACUACCUCACCAUUUCUGUGGGAGAAAUGGAACAGUCACUGGCAGCUGAGUACGACAAGGGAGGAGACAUCAAAGAGAGACUCAGAUCUCUGCCAUUCAAGCCUCAGGACAAGAUCAGCCAAAGCUUCUUUGUGCAGGAGACAGCUGCAGGACGGCAAUAUCACCCCUAUAAGGACUACCAGACAUAUUACCCUGACUGGAACAUAGAUGGAGAUAGCAGCAUGGAGGCUGCAGACUACUGGAAAUUGAUAUGGGACCAGACCAGUCCUCUUCAGGAUUGUGAAACCACCUCUCUGAGAGUUAUAAUGAGUUAUCAUCAGGGGGCUGAGGGUGGAGCCAUCCUUAAAGAAAGACAGAAGGAUGGGUCACCAAACAAGGAUCUUGAUGAGACCAUGGACCCUGAUAUGAAGAGGCCAGGAGAGGUACCCUGUGAUGUCUGUGAUGAGGUCAAAGCUGUGAAGUUCUGUCUGACCUGCACUCAGUCCUACUGUGAGACCCAUGUUAGGAAGCACUACACAGUACCUAAACUACAGAGACACACCCUGGUGGAGGUGACUGGAGACCUGGAGGAGAGACUCUGUCAGGAGCACCACAGAGCUCUGGAGGUGUUCUGCAGGACAGACCAGAAGCUGAUCUGCAGUCUGUGUGCAACUUUUGAUGGAGAGCAACACCAAAGGCCAGAGUCAGUCGACGUGCUGCCCCCUCCUGGGAAGAUCCAGGUCCUGUUAGUGAGAUCAGACUCCGUGUCUCUGAGCUGGGGUUCUCCUGAGGGGCUGAAGGCACCACACAUGUUCAGAGUGACCUGGGGGUGUGACCUGGGGGUAACGGACUCAUCAAAAGUGAAAGGCGGGUAUCAUCUUAAAAUAAGUAGUCUCCAACCUGGUGAAAAGUACCAGUUCAGUGUGGCCACAGAGGGAGAAGAUGGCAGACAAAGCAGAUGUGUCUCAGCAUCCCUAUCCACAGUGGUUCCACCCAGAGACUUAAAGGUAGACCAUUUGGAAGAGUCCUCCUUCACUCUCCACUGGUCCAAGGCUGAAGGAAUGGAAAAAGUCCCACAACGCUUCCUCAUAUCCUACUGCAGCCCAGGAACAGACCUCCAUGCAGAGAAUACUAAAGACUGCCACAAAACAUUCUCAAACCUGCAGCCUGGUACUGAGUACACCAUCAGUGUCUCAACUGUGCUGACCAAUGGGGAACAGAGUGAACCUGUCUCUACAACUAUCUGCACUACUUAUUUCUUCCCAUAUUAUAAGUGA